UGGGACAUAAUAUAUGCUUUGUUAUCUCGACCGAUCGAAAGACUCAACUUUGGCUCUCCAGUCAAGUCAACUUGUCCUUCUUCCUCCCCGGGUUGCUCAUAUAUCGAUCUACUCUCACCUUCCCAUAGCUAGCAAGGAGACCAUUCGUCCCGCUCCUCUCUUCCCAGCAGCCAGGAUCCCUCAAGACCUGCCUGUUUCGAGGAUCCCUCAAGACCUAAGUUGCUCCUCUCAAAGCUGUAGCAAUCCAACAUAAUUUGGAUACUCUUGCUUCUUUUAUUAGAAAUGGCCACCGGAAGUAAGACCCAAGAGAGCAAACCGAGCCCCGAACUUCCAACAGAACUACCAUAUGAUUUUCUGAAGAAAAUUACAAAUGACUUCUCCAACGAUAUGAAAAUUAGUGGAAGUCCAUUUGGAACCCUUUAUAAGGGAAUAAUUCCAAAUGAUGACAGAGUGAUUGCUGUGAAGAAACUUCAGGAAAACGCACCAAUGCCAGCUGACAAAACAUUUACCAAGGAGGUUACAAAUGUUAUGGCGCUCAAGCAUGAAAACAUAGUACAGAUAGUUGGAUACUGCAGUGAAACAUCAAAAAAAUUGGUGCAGUUCGAUAGUAGAUAUAUACAGGCAGACAUUAAUGAAAGUUUAAUCUGCUAUGAAUAUUUGCCUAAAGGGAACCUUGAAGAUAAUCUAUUUGGACCCCAAGCAACAUCUUCCGCUGAAUCCGGUAUCAAUUGGGACACACGUUUCAAAAUAAUUAAGGGCAUCUGCAAGGGUUUACAUUUUUUACACAAGUUGGAUAUUCCUAUUAUCCAUAUGGAUCUAAAGCCCGAAAAUAUAUUGUUGGAUGAUAACAUGGUGCCCAAGAUUGCGGACUUUGCACUCUCGAGAGUCUUUGGCGAAGAACAAACUCGAUUGUGCACCCAAAGAGUUGUGGGAUCAUAUGGAUACAUGGCUCCAGAAUAUCUAUAUAGAGGUGAAAUAUCAGCACAAUCAGACAUAUAUAGUUUGGGCUUAAUCAUAAUCGAGAUCACCACAAGAGAGAAGAACCUCCCGGACAAAGACCAACCAUCCGCAAGAAGUUUUAUUGAUAAAGUCAGUAAAGAUUGGACAGAGAUGCACAUAGCAGACAAGUAUGGAUCCUCAAAUGCAGAAGUCCUUCGACAAGUUAAAACAUGCAUUGAUGUUGGAUUAAAAUGUGUUGAGAUUGAUCGGAAGAAAAGACCUCCCAUAGACAAAAUUGUUGCAGCACUCAAUGGACUACAUGCAAUUCAAAUGGAAAACGAGGUCCCCCCUGUGUCUUCAACGCCACCAAGCAAGAAGUCAGGGUCCCGUUUUGGUUUCAACAGGAAAUAAAACAUUUUCAAUUGUUGGUACUAGAUCAUACAUAUAUUUUUGGAAAUAAGACCAUUUGAUGUCAUGCCAGUUGGGAAAUAACUGAAUGUUAAUUCCUUUUGGGAAUCAUUUCUUGUGUUAUCAUGUAAUAGUUCUGCUCU